CUGGCCUGUCUCUUCCUUUCUCACAGGAGGCCACAUCACCAUGUCGGCGGCCGCCGUGGAUGCAGUUAACGCUGCACCCCUGUCGGGGUCCAAAGAGAUGAGUUUGGAGGAACCAAAGAAGAUGACCAGAGAGGACUGGAGAAAGAAGAAGGAGCUAGAAGAGCAGCGAAAACUUGGUAAUGCUCCUGCAGAAGUUGAUGAAGAAGGAAAAGACAUCAACCCUCAUAUUCCUCAGUAUAUCUCCUCGGUGCCGUGGUAUAUUGAUCCAUCUAAGAGACCGACUUUAAAGCACCAGAGGCCACAGCCGGAGAAGCAGAAGCAGUACAGCUCAUCCGGGGAGUGGUACAAGAGGGGCGUCAAAGAGAAUUCCAUCACUACUAAGUACCGCGAAGGAGCCUGUGAAAAUUGUGGGGCCAUGACACACAAAAAGAAGGACUGCUUCGAGAGACCCAGGCGAGUGGGAGCCAAGUUCACAGGCACUAACAUAGCCCCGGAUGAGCACAUCCAGCCCCAGCUGAUGUUCGACUACGACGGCAAGAGGGAUCGCUGGAACGGCUACAAUCCAGAGGAGCACAUGAAGAUUGUGGAAGAGUACGCCAAAGUGGACCUGGCAAAACGAACAUUGAAAGCCCAAAAACUUCAAGAAGAGUUAGCUUCGGGAAAGUUAGUGGAACAGGCUAAUUCUCCAAAACACCAGUGGGGAGAAGAGGAACCGAAUUCUCAGAUGGAAAAGGAUCAUAAUAGCGAAGAUGAAGAUGAAGAUAAAUAUGCGGAUGAUAUUGACAUGCCUGGGCAGAAUUUCGACUCUAAAAGGCGCAUUACUGUUCGGAACCUAAGGAUUCGAGAAGAUAUAGCCAAAUAUUUGAGAAAUUUAGAUCCAAAUUCUGCCUACUAUGAUCCAAAAACCAGAGCGAUGAGAGAGAAUCCUUACGCCAAUGCAGGAAAGAAUCCAGAUGAAGUGAGUUAUGCAGGAGAUAACUUCGUUCGAUACACGGGAGAUACCAUUUCCAUGGCUCAGACCCAGCUGUUUGCUUGGGAAGCCUAUGACAAAGGCUCGGAAGUGCAUCUGCAGGCGGAUCCAACAAAGCUGGAGCUGCUGUACAAGUCCUUCAAAGUCAAAAAGGAAGACUUCAAAGAGCAGCAGAAGGAAAGCAUCCUGGAAAAGUAUGGUGGUCAAGAACACUUGGAUGCUCCCCCGGCUGAACUGCUGUUGGCUCAGACUGAAGACUAUGUGGAGUACUCGAGACAUGGCACAGUCAUCAAAGGACAGGAGCGGGCGGUGGCCUGCUCCAAGUAUGAGGAGGAUGUGAAGAUCCAUAAUCACACACAUAUCUGGGGAUCUUACUGGAAAGAUGGCCGAUGGGGAUACAAAUGCUGUCACUCUUUUUUAAAGUAUUCCUAUUGCACUGGAGAAGCUGGGAAGGAGACUGUUAAUUCAGAGGAAAAUAUGAUAAAUGAUACCGUUGGAGAAGAGUCUGUGAAAAAACCUCAAACCCUCAUGGAGAUACAUCAGGAAAAAAUGAAAGAAGAGAAAAAGAAGAAAAAAAAGAAAAAGAAGAAGCAUCACAAGAGCAGUUCUGAUAGUGAAGAUGAAGAAAAGAAACAGGAGAAACUGAAAAAGGCGCUCAACGCAGAGGAGGCCCGCCUUCUUCAGGUCAAGGAGAUCAUGCAGAUGGAUGAGAGGAAGCGGCCUUACAACAGUGUGUACGAGACCCGAGAGCCCACGGAAGAGGAGAUGGAGGCCUACCGAAUGAAGCGGCAGAGGCCCGAUGACCCCAUGGCCUCUUUCCUGGGUCAGCAGUGCUAGGCACAGAAGGUCAGCAACCUGGAAAAAACUACUAGGUUCUUUUCCACUCUUGCUUGGUGACUGCAUAGAAGAACCCUUAUCUAUACCUCUUGCUGCCUGACUUUAAUAAAGCUUUGAGAAAUCUCA